AUGGAUGAAUCAGAUUUCGAUGACUUGGAUUCUAGGUUUGUGUCUAAUUGGUCUGAGGAUUAUUUAGAACAGCUAGACACAUCACAGCAUAAUUUCCCGAACACAUUAUGGCACGUGAAACCACCAGUCGAAAUAGUUUUGAAGUCAUCGGCCAUGUUGAUUAUCGGUAUUACCGGAAUCUUCCUAAAUUCCAUUAUCUUGAUCAUAUUGUUCAGAAAUAAAUGGCUAUGGACUGCCAGUAAUUAUUUGGUUGGGAACUUGGCACUAAUUGAUCUUUUAACACUUCUCAUCUGCCCCUGGUUUAUGCUCGUCAGGGAUUUCUAUCAGCAGUACGUUUUGAGGAAUUUUGGUUGUCGCUUUGAAGGAUUUUUACAAGCUUCCUUCUUAUUGGCGGGUGUUUGCGCAGUCUUGCUAGUGUCGUAUGACCGUUUAGCAGCUGCAGCGCUUGCGGCUGAUACUCGAGUGACUAUCAAAGUCGCUCCCUAUUUAAUAGUAGCGUCAUGGAUUAUGUCCAUGAUAGUUUCAUUACCAUGGGCAGUGAAAAGAGAAUUUGUGGAACGGCAAUGGAAGAACUAUGUGGAGAUGUUCUGUAUAGAAGAUUCCAAGGUCCUUGGCAUUUACUGGCACUUUCUACUUAUGUUGCUAGUUUGGGUACCUCUUGGCGUAAUGGUUGUAACUUACGCUAUAAUAAUGUGGCGUCUGGAGUGGAGUGUCCGUGAGCUCGCUUCUCGUGGUGGAGGCCAGUCCAUUGCCAGAGCCAGAACCAGAACUUUAAGGAUUACUGCCUGUGUUCUCCUAACCAGCUUGAUCUGUAGGAUGCCAUUCACUGCCUUCAUCUAUUGGAGAAACAAUUUACCUAACGAAGUCAAUUCGGCUGAUGGUGGUUUCCAGAUUAUGUGGUUUGCGUCUAACUACCUUCUGUACUUGAACUGUGCUAUCAAUCCUCUUAUCUACGGAUUCACUAAUGCGAGGUUCAGGAAAGCUAUGGACAGGACUCCUGGCGUUGCUUGCUUCAAGUUUGGAUCCUGGUGUUGUUUGUGUGAUGUGCCUGCCAAGAAACAUGAUCAAGGUCAAGAGAAGAAUACGGAGAAGAUUUUUGUCAUCGCACAUUCCCCGAAACCGCACAAGAAGAUUUCGAAAGCGAUUAAGAAUAUUCUGCACAUAAAGAAAGAUACUUUGGAAUUCAGCAUCAAAGUUGAUGAAGUUACCACAAAACCUACAAAAAUAACGCCUGUAAAAACUGAACCAGUUCUUGACAAUGGCAAAAUAUAA